AUGUCCCUCAGUGUGAGCUGGCUGCUGCUGGCCAGCGUCUUACUGGGUGUCUGGUCUCAGGAGUACUAUCAAGAGAGGCCAGGGGGCAAGAGAGCCAGAACCAGAGCCCUCCUUGCCAAUAGCGUUCAGAACCAUAAUAGAAAAGCCAUUCUGGAUGAGGAUUGUGGUCUGGAGCUGGCUUUUCUGCUGGACAGCUCUGAGAGCGCUAAGGACAACCACCAGCAAGAGAAGCAGUUUGUUAUGGAUGUAGUGGAUGGUCUGCAGAACAUCCGUCUGGUGUCGGGCAGAAAGCUGAGCUGGAGGGUGGCUCUUCUUCAGUACAGCAGUCACGUGAUCAUCGAGCAGACCUUUAAAGAGUGGAGGGGCACAGAGAACUUCAAGAGCCGCGUCACGCCCAUGGUCUACAUCGGUCAUGGGACCUACACCACCUACGCCAUCACCAACAUGACCAAGAUCUACAUGGAGGAGUCGAAUUCAGACAGCCUCAAGAUCGCCCUGCUCCUUACCGAUGGCGUGUCCCAUCCCAGGAACCCAGACGUCUUCUCAGCAACUGCCGAUGCCAAGAACCAGGGAGUGAAGUUCUUCACAUUGGGCAUCACCCGCGCCGCCAAUGAACCAGCCAACGUGGCGAAGCUGCGACUGCUGGCCAGUUCACCAGCCUCCCGGUUCCUCCACAACCUCCAGGACAUUGAUAUAGUGGAGAAAAUCCUCAGUGAAAUAGCACAGCUGGCUGAAGAGGGGUGUCCGUUGGCUCAGAAAUGCGCUUGUGAGAAGGGUGAGAGGGGGCCCAGCGGCCCGGCGGGGAAGAAAGGUCGCCCAGGUGAGGAUGGGGCCCCCGGCCCGAAAGGACAAAAGGGUGAGAGCGGCCUGGCUGGACUUCCAGGUCGUGAAGGUGGAGAGGGAAAACCUGGCUAUAAAGGAGAGAAGGGUGAGAGGGGAGACUGUGGUACACCUGGAAUUAAAGGAGACAGGGGACCAGAGGGGCCAGUCGGAACAAGAGGAGUCAGAGGUUUGCAGGGUCUGCCUGGGCCACAUGGUGACGUGGGACCAGAGGGUCCUCAGGGAAAGAAGGGGGAGCGUGGCCCACCUGGCCCACCCGGAAUUCAGGGCGAAAAUGGAAUUGGACUUCCUGGGCCAAAGGGAGAUAUGGGAUUUCAGGGCAGACCUGGCCCCCCUGGGCCUCAAGGCAUUGGCGAACCAGGACCCCCUGGGCCUCAAGGGCCACAAGGUGUACAAGGAGAGAAAGGCCCGCAGGGGGAGGGCUUUCCUGGACCAAAGGGGGACCGGGGUCUGGAGGGGCCGAGGGGACCCAGAGGACAGCCGGGUGCCGGAAUUAAAGGAGAAAAGGGGGAGCUUGGGCCACCUGGUUUACCUGGGCCAAUUGGACUGCCUGGAGUGGGCAUUCAGGGUGAGAAGGGUGUAGAGGGUCCAAGAGGGCCUCCAGGAAGUAGAGGGGCACCAGGAGAGGGCUUACCGGGGCCCAAGGGUGACCAAGGAUUACCAGGAGAGAUGGGCGGCCCGGGAGAAAGAGGCAUUGGUGAACCUGGACCAAAGGGAGAGCCUGGUGCAGCUGGCCUGGGUGGUUUACCUGGCCUUCCUGGAGAAGAUGGGGCUCCGGGACAAAAGGGUGAACCGGGUGUGCCUGGUUUUCGGGGUCCUGAAGGAGCAGCAGGCAUUGGCACACAAGGAGAGAAGGGGGACCAGGGUCAGAGAGGUAUUAGGGGACUACCUGGACCCCCUGGGAUUACUGGGCCAUCAGGAGCAAAGGGAGAACCUGGCACUCCGGGUCGACUGGGCAUGCCAGGAAUGCCAGGACGUGCUAUAGCAGGACCAAAGGGGGAUUUAGGGCCUCCUGGCCCACCUGGACCAAUAGGAGAGACAGGUUAUGGACUACCAGGCCCAAAGGGUGACCGUGGUAACCCAGGCCCUUCUGGUCUUCCAGGGGUCAAAGGUGAAGGUUUCCCUGGUCCUGUGGGUCCUCCUGGAUUACCAGGUCUUCCUGGAGAACCAGGCCCUGAAGGUAUUGGCUUUCCUGGACCAAAGGGGGACAUUGGCUUUAGGGGGUUACCAGGUUUACCAGGCCCACCAGGCGAAGGGCUACAAGGACCACCGGGGAAUGUGGGCAGACCAGGGCCUCCGGGACCCACUGGGCCUCCAGGGGAAGGUAUACAGGGCCCCAAGGGUGACCAGGGAGCUCAAGGCAUGACAGGACCAAGAGGCCCAGCAGGUGAAGGGUUACCUGGUGCCAAGGGUGACCGUGGAUUACAGGGCGAGAGAGGGAUGAAGGGAGUAAAAGGUGACCUGGGCGACCCAGGGGUGCCUGGACAACCUGGAAGACCAGGAACAAAGGGGGAAGCAGGGCUCACUAGGGAGGACAUCAUUAAGCUGAUCAAGGAGAUCUGUGGAUGUGGGAUUAAGUGCAAGGAGAGGCCGAUGGAACUGGUGUUUGUCAUCGACAGUUCUGAGAGCGUCGGACCAGAGAACUUUGAGAUCAUUAAAGACUUUGUCACGGCGCUGGUGGACCGAGUCACCGUGGGCCGGAACGCCACCCGAAUCGGACUGGUCCUGUACAGCCUGGAUGUUUCCCUGGAGUUCAACCUGGCUCGUUACAUGACCAAACAGGAUGUCAAACAGGCUAUCAGGAAGAUGCCAUACAUGGGUGAGGGUACGUACACUGGCACUGCCAUUCGCAAAGCCACCCAGGAGGCUUUCUACAGCUCCCGUAACGGCGUCAGGAAGGUGGCCAUCGUCAUCACGGAUGGACAGGCAGAUAAACGGGAACCGGUGAAGCUGGACAUCGCUGUUCGGGAGGCUCAUGCUGCCAACAUUGAGAUGUAUGCCCUGGGCAUCGUCAACACCUCUGAUCCCACCCAGGCUGAGUUUCUGCGUGAACUCAACCUGAUUGCCUCAGAUCCUGACAGUGAACACAUGUACCUCAUCGACGACUUCAACACUCUACCAGCUCUUGAGUCUCAACUUGUGAAUCAGUUCUGUGAGGAUGAGAAUGGAGCCCUGAUCUACAAUCGGAUCACCAAUGGCUAUGGAACCAACGGUUAUGGCAACAACGGCUAUGAUAACAAUGGCCAUGGGGAAGUUCUCUAUGGCAACAAUGGCUAUGGAAACAACUAUCAGGAGGAAAUUCUGGACAGGACGUCUACCAGCAGUCAGAGUCACAUUCGCGGCCGCGGAGACAGCUUCCCUCUGCCUAUUAACCCAGGACCUCUCCGCACUGAGGUUGAAGAAGAGGAGGACUAUGAUGAAGGAGAGGAUUUGGACAUCAGGACUCAUGUAAGGAAUCCUAACACUGUGGUCGUAGUGAACAAGAGCAGUGUACUGCCACAGCCCAUAAAUCCAUCUGGAGGAACCUCACACUCAAGCGGCUCCUCAUUGUCUUCCCUGCUCACAUCUUCAUCAUCAUCAUCAUCAUCAUCAUCAUCAACAACAACAUCAUUGUCAUCAUCAGGAUCAGCAUCAUCUUCCUCCGUGCACAUUGAUCCUGAACCAGAUCCUGUUGUCACUGGAGAAUCUCUGUUGCGUGAUCCACGUUGUGCCUUGAGUCUGGAUCAGGGCCCAUGCAGAGAAUACGUCAUCCGUUGGUACUAUGACAAACAGGCAAACGCCUGUGCACAGUUCUGGUACGGAGGCUGUAAGGGCAAUGAUAACCGCUUUGAGGAUGAGGCUGAAUGCAAGAAGACAUGUGUCCUCUCCAGCACAGUUAUUUAA